CUUGAUGAUUUAGCAAUUGAUUAUAAAAUACUAUUUAAUGAAAUGUAUGUAAUCAGUUGAUUUAUUAUUAUAGCAAUGAUAGUAGAUUUUACUUAUUGGAUAAUCUACCAGAGUUUAUUUCUUAUUACCAUAUUAUGCUAUCUUAAAAGAUUCUUUCAACUAACUCUAUUUAAAAGUUGGCAAAUUUGGAUAAUAUUAUUUUUUCAGAAUUUAAAUAUUUUGAAAAAUUAAUUAAAACAUCUGAAUAUUAAUUUUGUUAGUUGAUGAAGGAAUACUUAAUUUAGAAAAAUUAUAGUGCUUUGCUUGAUCUUGGAUAAAAUAGUAACAUUACUUUAUUUUAACAAUUUUUUAUAUAUUUAUUUUAAGACCAAAUAGAAUAAUGUUUAGAGAAAUUUAAACAAUAAAAGAUAUUUCAGAAUGAAAAACCUAAUAUAAAUUUAAUUAAUAUAAAUUCUAUCUAUCAAAAAUGGAUUUAAAUAGAAGAUAAAAUAUAAUUCAUUAAUUCAAAAGGAAAUUUUUCAAAAAUUAUUUUUGAAUAAGGACCAAUUGAAAAUAUUAAUUUUUAUUUACGUGAUUAAAAAACUAAUCAAUAAGAAUUUUAAUAAGAAAUUUUAUAAUAGAAAUCCUAAUAAAUAGAUUAAGAAACAAAAAAGAUGAAAUCAUCAAUUUAAGAAAUUUUGCUUUAAUUUUGUUAAAAGAGGGUUUUAAACAAAUUUACUAAAUUUUUAGCUCCUCAUUUAGAUAAGGUUGAUUAAUAAUUAGGAAAUUUUUAUAAAAUGCAAAGAAUAUUGAAACAUUGGAGAUUAAGUACAUUAACUGAAAAGAGAUACAAAUAAUUUGUGGAAUUAUGUAGAUAAAAAAAUAAAGAAAAUAUAAACAAAUAAAUAAAAAUAAUAGAACAAUCUAAUUUUAGAAUCGAUUUAUCAAGAAAAUUAAUCAAAAAAAAUGCAGAUUAAAAAAAUCUAUAUUAUAAAAUUGUCAUUUUAAAUAAUGAUGAAAAUCAUCAAUAAUUGGUUUCUAAGUUAAUUUUUACUUUAUGCAAUUAAUAACAUACAUCAUAAGAUGAUUCAAUAAUUAUAGAAUCAAAUAUUACAUCUUAAAAAAAUAUAUAUAAAUUGUACAUGAGCAUUUAAAUUUUAUAAAAUUUAGAAAAAGAACGAAUAUGUGGAGCUGAUAUUUUUAUUGUUAUUGGAGACAUUCUAAAAGUAAAUUUAGCCAAACCCUGUUUAUAAAUUGUUUUUGAUUAAAAAUACUAAAAUGAUAAUUUAGAUACUAUAUAAGUGGAUUAUGAGUACAUUGCAUUAUUUGAUAAACUUUAUGAAAGCUAUGAAUUUUAUAAUAAAUUAAAUGAAAUAGUUGAUAAAGGAUUAAAAAAUAAAUAAGCAACAGAAGAUUUAAAAUUAAUCUCUUUGGGUGAUUAUUUUAAAGAAAUUUAAAGGACAGAAUGUGAAGACUAUAAGAAGGAAUAAAUUGAAUAUUUUAUUACUAGAUGUGUAUAAGCAGAAUUAUGCUUAGAAGAUGCAUUAAAUAAUAAUAUCUAUUCAGAUGAUUUUCCUUAAGAAUUACUAUUUGAUAGAUACGUAGAUCAAGAACUCAUUUUAAAAUAUGUUUCUAAAGUACUACUUGGUUGUCAUAAUUUUAGUUCAAUCCAGCAAAUAGAUUAAUGAUACCUCUCUGUAAUUAAAUCUAGAAGAAUAUGAUAAAUGAAAGAGUAUUAUUAAAUACAAUAAAAGAUUAUUUAGAUGAAUACUUAGAUGAAGAAGCAUUAUUAGCUUUAUUCACCUAACAUUUCAAAUUUGGAAAUAAAAUUUAAGGAGACUGGAAGUUGUUAUUUGAAUUCAUUAUGGAGUAGUUGGUGUAGUAUCUUGAGAAUUCUGAUAUAUAUUUUGUAUUGAAAAGAAGCUACAACACAAUUUUAGAUCAAAAUAAAUUGAAAAACAGAGUUCAAUAGGAUGUACAACAACUUCUUAAGAAGGAUUCAGAUUAACAACAGAAAAGUCAAAAUAUAUCGUGUGAUUUAAUAAAAAAAAAAGUUUGCAAAUGA